AUUCACAGCUAGCUCAAUUAAUUGUUGCCCACGAAACACCCAUUUCACACAUACAGUUAAUUCUUUCUCAGAGACCCAUUUCUUUCUUGUUUUUUUUCUCCCCUCUUUUCCCUUUUCUAGCCGUAUAUAUAUGAGCAGAAUGCAGGAAAUGAAGACAAGCUCUCUGAGUUUUUGAAGUGUGCCCUCAAAAGCCCCUCAAAUUCUCAGUAGUUAAAGAGCUUCACUAAUUCAUUUCAGGCCAACAAUGGUAGCCCCUGAUCCUCAUACCCUGGCCUCUGUUUUUGGCAUGCUAGGUACCCUCGUCUCCUUCCUCGUCUUGCUAGCCCCACUACCGACAUUUUAUAGGAUUUACAAGAGAAAAUCAGCAGACGGGUUCCAAUCUUUACCAUAUUCAGUGGCUUUGUUUAGUGCCAUGUUAAUGUUCUACUAUGCUUACAUCAAAGAAAAUGCUUAUUUGCUGUUGGGAAUCAAUUCCUUUGGCUCCAUCAUAGAAACUAUAUACCUUAUAGUUUACAUGAUUUACGCACCAUCAAAUUCCAGGAUUUUCACGGCAAAGCUGCUAGUCCUGUUUAACUUUUUGGCUUAUGGGGUGAUCGUGGGAGUUACAUACCAAAUCCCAAAUCCUCUUCUGCGGCUUAAAGUCAUUGGAUGGAUAAAUGUCGUCUUCUCUGUCUGUGUAUUUGCUGCCCCUCUAAGUAUUCUGAGACUGGUUAUUAGAACAAAGAGUGUGGAAUACAUGUCAUUCCCUCUAUCGUUCUGCUUAACCAUUUGUGCUGUCAUGUGGUUCUUCUAUGGCCUUUUGAUCAAGGAUUUAUUUGUAGCGGCGCCAAAUAUCUUAGGGUUUACAUUUGGGAUGGCUCAGAUGAUUUUGUUCCUGGUUUACAAGAACACUAAGAGACCCAUCUUACCAGAAUUCAAACUAAACGAGAUGCCAAACAGAGUUGCUGCAGCAAAUGAUGAAAUAAUAGUAGCAUGCGAAAGUACUACACAAACUGGGCUGAAAACAGGGGAAGGGGAGAAUAAGACUAGUUGUGAAGCUGAUGAUGAUCAUGAGAAUCAAUCACAGACCACUGAGACCAGUACUGUUACUAAUGAUAUUGAGACAAGUCCUGAAUCAAUUGUGUAACGGCGUGGCACAAACCCAGAAGGCAAUUCCUUCUGCCGAGCCGAAUGAACCGGUUCGGAUUCUGCGAUGAGCUGAAUGGAUCGACCGAUGGAGAUGAACGAUUGAGCCACAUGAGUACUCGUGAAUACUCACUGCUGCCUAAAGGAUGGAGCAGAGCUAGCACAGCUACUGUUCUUCCACCUAGCUAGGUCUAGUACACUGUUGAUUUGGUUUUCUUUUUCUUUUUCUAGUGAAUACCAUUAUUGGCCUA